UUUCAUCUAAUCCACUUUGGUGCCCCAAUCUAUUCGUACAGUUCUCAACUAAAGCCAGGCUUCUUCAUAUCGUACCUGUGAUAUUUUACGCCUACCGUUUGUGCUUGCUGCCGGAAGCGCUUGACCUGAAUUGAAGAUGCCCUCCUUCACAGAGCCCGAGCAUCAGUCUCAAAGUCUUUCCUUUGAGAAACCGACGCCACGUCCACCCAGGUCGCCAACAGUAGCCAACAAUAUCCGGUCUCGAAACCGUCGGCGAGAGUAUCUCGAGAGAAAUCCAAAGUACUUUUCCGACGCUGAACAUGAGCUGGCCGACCCCCUAUUAUACGACAGCUUAGUUCGCAAAUUCCAGACACCAGCCGAGCGGGAGGUCGAGGGCAAGGCCAAAGGGUACUCGGGGGUGCUAGAAAGCUCUCUGCUCAGGGGCGAGGCUCGUCUUGCUGACUUGAAGUCAUCAACUGAUGACACUACAACGUCGGAGCCCGCGAGAGAUUUCACAACUGAAGCAGAUUUUUCCAAAACAAAGACAAGGGAAGAAGGCCUUCAGAGAUGGCAUGAGUUUCUCACGGAACGAUUUGUCCGCGGCCACGACGAGGAUUUUGAUUACACUGUGGUCGACGACAACGAAGACUACGAUGUCAUGGAGAGACGUGAUGCAGAGGAAGCCUGGUUCGAUGAAGAAGAUCCCGAGUGGGCCAGCGAUGCAGACGAGGUAGCUCAAACCACACAGGGUCAGACCGGCAUUCAGGACUUCUGAAUAGCUGCUGCGCGGCCGGUUGAUCCGAGCGAGCACUGCCAGCUGUCUGCGCAUCAAAGAAGAGACCAUGAGAAGACUAGAGCACAUUAUGGCGAGCCAAAGCGCAGUCAUCAUUGGCGGUUCUGCAUUCAAGCUCCCUUACGAGCCGCACCACUGCCGCUGCGCUUCUGAGACUUAGGCUAUAUUGCCGUGCCUUGACAGAAAUGCUAAGGUGCGGCUGACACUUACCUCAACAGUCGGGCGUGAGAGGGAGAACAACUUCGAUGAUCAAGCUUUGGGCUCAUGGAGGACGCACCUUCAUGUCUUCACUUUGGGCUUCCAUACCUUUCCAUCCCACGAUGCUAAGCAACCCGUUCGGCCUAUGGGACCCUUGCUGGCGCCGUGGUGGAAGGUCCAUAGUCGAGCGGACCGC